AUGGCACAAACUCCCUUCAACGAAGUCCGCCAGCCUCUCUCAUCCGGCAUCGGCUGGGAAUGGGGCGUCACGUCCAAUUUCGUGAAGAUUCCUCAACCUCUCAUGGGUUUUUACUGGAACCUACCCGCGGACGCGCCAUGCGUCUUCUCCAAGAAGAGGGCAAAGCGUUGUUUGGGCCGCGGCACUGCCCAUCCCCGUCGCAAGAUUGCCUGGGACGAUGGGCAAGUCCGUCGAUACGCCGUUGCCCUCCGGGCCCAACAUGGGUCUAAGACGCAGGAAGUCGUGCGACCCGAGACCUGGGAGGACAUGUAUCAGUAUUUCGACACCAUCGAACUCUGGCACCGUGGCGCAUGGAACCUCUGGCGCGUCCUUCAACUCAUUUGCGACGAGAAUGAGGCCGCGAUUGCAAAGGACCGCUUGGAUGUCGCAGUUUUUAACGAAGUUGAUGACUGGGCCUACGAUUGGUGCACCCACUACGAAAAUCGGAGAAGGUUGUCCAUGUGGGAUCCGAGUUUCGAUAUCCUGCAGGUCUUGACCCAGGCCGAUCACGAGAAGAUCCACGGCUGCAGCCAAGAAGCAUUGAACGUCCUCCGCGGUGCUCUCAAGCACUGGUACCGCGUCUACCAGUUGCCGCCGCCGGCUCAGGAUACCCAGGCAAGCCGAGCCGUGAGAUUAGGUUAUGAAGACAUGGCCGAGGGCCGCCCGUCGCGCCCGAGAGCUCGAGAUGAUAAUGACAUCUCGCUCUCCGGUGAGGCCGCAGCCGCUCUCGCGCACAGCCGUCCGAGGCGUCGCUCGAACUCAUUGCCACCGCCUGCCAUCGAGACGUCCACAGCAGACACCUCGGAUUUUGUCUAUAGCGCGAACUCCACAGUGGUGAUCGCGAAUGGAACGAUUCCAGUGAAGACGCAACGGCCGCCACAUGGUCUUGGCUCCGCUGCAGGUGCCACAGACGAGCCUUCGAGGAAGAGUCACCACGUUUCCAAGUCCGGCCCGGUCCGUGCAGGUCCCGCAGGCAUUUCCGCGGCCUCGCGUGGCAUUGGGGUCGAGAACUCAGGUCCCUCGCGGCUGCCGAGCCGCUCCCAGCAGCCUAUAGUGCCGGCCACGGGUGCUGCUGGACACCAAACGAUUGUGCGCGGCAAAGUUUCCGGAGACGAGAGUCAGCAGCGCAGUGCGACUCACAACACCUUCAACCACCAUUCCCCGACCGGCUCCCCAGUCGCCCGCAAUGUCACUCGUGCCCUGAUCGGAUCACGCCCUGACCUCUGCCGGAACUCGAAUGUUCCCCUUGAUUUUAUGGCCUCCUUCUCGGCCUGCCCAUGUCCGCGCUGCAGCCGGAUGUCCCGCAGCGUCCAUGUCUAUGCCAUCCCCCGAGAGGAAGGCGUUGACACGAGUCAAAUUGCUGAAAGUCUGGUCCAAUACUUCAGUCAAUGGGGCCAUGUCGAAGGUUGCAAUCUGAAGCACACCAACGCUCGCACCCGAUAUGCCUACGUCACCUACACCAGUGACGAUAGCGCGAAUUGGGGCGCUCUCUAUAAGCACUAUCAUCAGGGUAAUCCUCCAUUUACUCCCCGAGUCUUAGCUUCCAGUGAGACGUCUGUGCAGACCAAGCCGCCGUCUGAAGAGGCGGCCUUUGAUGAUCAACCGUCGCCUACCCAGAGCGCUGCCUCUCGAGGAAACAGCACCACUGGGAGCAUGAGCAUCCGGGUCCGUCUGCCAGGCACUAGAACCCCGGAGCCAGCCGAGCCUGUGGUGACUAUCCCCAACCAUACCAGAGUCAAGAUGGGAAGUCCUGUCUGGCGCAUUACUUUUAGAGACAUAGUGCCCCCAAGGACUGCAUCACCUGUCCGAACCUCUGAGCGAGCUGAGCCCGCUGUCUCAGCGCCCCAACAUGAGACAAACGGACACCAAGCCGCUCAUAACCUCUUGAUGGCUGCCCAGGCCUUUGAAACCGAUCGUCAUGGCCGUCUUGAACAUGCUCCAUCCCAGCAGUUCACGAACGGAUCCUAUGGCUUCAACCAAGUCUCCGGUACAGCCGCCAAUGGGGAGUUUAAUCCCUCUGGAGCCGGGUUUGAGUGGCAGUUGCCCCAAUCAUGGGUCCUCCGAAACCCGGGAGAUGUCCGGCUCGAUGCAGACUACAAUGGCACUGUGAUUCGUCGCCGGGGGUUUGGACAGAAUCGACAGCUCCCUUGGAUCGAAGACAAUGGCUCUUCCGGGUCAUGGGAUAGAGCUCAAGCGUCCUACACAAACAUUCCAUCGCAGCAGGUGGAACACAGGCCAUUCUGGCAGCCACCGAACGAGGUGCUUCAGCCAUUUAACAAUCCGUCCCAUCCCCCAUCGCAUGAGCAGCACACGCCGUUCCCCGAUAACUCCAUCCAGCAGCCUCCCUUCUCGAUACAGGGGGCUCAAUCGGAUUCCUUGCAGCAACUAGACCAUCCGGGUCCAUCGAGGCCACAGGGCAAGAAAAAGAAGAAGAACAAGAACAAGAACCGGUCUGCUGUCGGCUCGCAGACUCAAUUUCGCCCCUCGACACCCCUGCCCGAUGCUGCGACGGGCAAUGGCACGCAGCAGACAGCUGGGCAAGCCAUGCCACCCCCAUCCGGCCUCGCAAACGGCGCCACCGAGACCCAAAAAGGACAACUCGUAAUUCGACCUUCCACUCCCGUUUCCACCGAGAAACAAGACAUGAGGGUGCCAUGGGAUGAUAUCUACAACGCCACCCCGAGAAAGGACAAAGGCAAGGGCAAAGUCCUUGACGCUCCUUCCCAAGAGGAGGCCGCGAACGGUCAAGCAAGCGUCCCUCACAGCAACAACAUUCAGAAUGGAGCUGGAUCCUCAACCAUGGCGCUCUUUAGAAGCGUAAUCAGCCAGGACGAUUCGGAGCAAGAAAACGGCACCACAGUUGACGCUUCCAAUGCUGCGCCCAACAAGAAAGACAAGGGGAAAGGCAAGGCCUCGGGCGGCGGCAAACCCGCUGAUUCGGGUUCCGGACACGGCCAGGCUUACACAUCCUCGCGUGGCGGUGACAAGGAUGAUAACACUGACACCGAGAAAGGGGUCAUGGCCGAACAGGCGGAGAAGCCCAACGAGGGUUGUGACGAGGGCGACGGGGACAGCAAGGUUGGAAAGGUUGAAAUGUUUGUCAACGGCGCCAAGAGGGGUAAGGGCGCUCCAAAGGCAAUCGAGGGCGAGAAAACGGGUGGCGGCGUCAAUGGUGUCGACCGGGGCGUGAAGCCCGAGGGCAGCAAGUUCAGCGUCGAGCGCAACGGCGGCUCGUUGCACAUCUCCAGGCAGCGCGUGGUGAGGAGCAAGGGGCAGAGGAUGGACGUGAGGGACUUGUUCAAGGACCACGAGUAG